AGUGUUUCGGAAAUUACUGUCUGCAAUGGAGUCAUAUUUUUGCUUAUCAAAUUCUGAUUCUAUUUUCUUUGGGAAUUCGCCAAAAUUAUGUCAUUUCUUCAUCGUUUCUCAAUCCGGUCGUUGUCAUAGUAGAAAAGCGUCGAACGUUUGACAAAAUCCGCUAGUGAAUAUCGUUAUUAAAUUCAGUGUCGACCCUGGAGACAUCUUGUGAUAAAAAGCAUUGCGGCGAGUCAUUUCGCUGUCUCUGAUUUAGUCUUCACGUGAAACGAGUAACAAAAUUAGAUUGGUGCUAUUUAGUGUCCGCAAUCAUGGAGGAGUCGUGGGAUGCGGAAAAUUUCGAGCCCAAAUUGCCGACCACGUUGACAUCUUCGAAUAAAUGGGAGGGCGAGGACGAGGAAGAGACCGUCAAGGAGAGCUGGGAGGACGAGGAGGAGGAAAAGAAGGACGAAGAGAAGCUGCCGCCGCCGCCACCUAAGCCCAAGAAGAAAAUUGCGGACAAAAUAGCUGAAAAAGAGCGUCUGGAACGCGAGAAGGCCGAGCGCCUGGCGGCCGAGAAGGCGGAGGCGGAGAUGACGCCCGAACAGAAGCUUGCCGAGAAGCUCAAGAGACAGAAGCUGCAGGAGGAAUCCGACCUCCGUCUGGCCAUGGAGACCUUUGGACUCACAGAAGCCGGAGUCGGCAAGAUAGACAGCUUCAACCCGACUACAAAGGAGGAGUUUACAGAGUUUGCCGAGCUGCUCGUCAAGAAGAUCACCCUAUAUAAGGCCAGGGAUGAGUUCCCGGAGUUCGCUGAUGAGCUCGUUAAGAAUAUUGUUGUUCAAAUGUCCUCCCUUGACAUCAAGAGGAUAAAGCUGACCGUGGACAACCUGUACAUCGAGAAGCAGAAGGCAGAGAAGAAUGACAAGGGCAAGAAGCCCAACAAGGGCAAGGGCAAAGCCAAAUUAAAAGUGGAGGGGGACAAUGCUCACCUGAACCAAUACGACGCCUACGGCAACUACGACGAGGAUUACGACGACUUCAUGUAAACGUACCUUUAGCCCGAUACCUGGCUCCCGCUUGCGAGCACACGCGGGCCCAUUUACACGGUGCGAGCAUGCGAGUCUCAUUACAUUGUAGUACAAUCGCCAUCAGAUAUAUCGGAGCUGCCAAGGCUCUCAUAAAUAUCGGAACACGUCUCUAUUGGGUAGGUAAAGUUUUCUGAAGAUAGGCAAAUAUAUUUUUCUCAUAGAAUACGUUAUUAACGAUCACGGAAAGGAGACUUUUUUUCUAUUUCGUAUAAUUUAUUUAUUAUCUUUUUUUAAGUGAUCGAAAUGGCGUUUGUUAAAUUUAAUAGCAGAUGAGGUGAUUGCCUUUCCUCGUGCUGAAUGUAUGAAAUUAGAAAAAAAAGCUAUGUCAAAUGUCAGUGUCACUUAGGUAUCAUUGUUUUUUUUUUCUAAUUUCUUAUAAUUCAGCACGCGCAAAGGCAUUGUCACCUCAUCUUCUAUUAAAUUUCACAAAAAUCAUUCAGCCACUUAAAAUAAGAUAAUAAAUAAAUUAAACGAAAUAAAAAUAAAAGAUCCGCCUUUUAGUGAUCGUUAACGUAUUCUAUCAGAAAAAUAUAUUUGCCUAUCUUCAGGAAACUUUACUUACCCAAUUGUCAAGAGUGCGUGCUUGUAUAUUUAUGAGCGUUUCGAGCGUCAUUGCAUGUAAUGAGUCCGCAAUGUAAAAAUCGUAUGCAAGAUCGCGCAGUCUAAUGAACUUUUAUAGUCUGUAUACUCUGUCCCCCUUAUUAUUAAACGUUCACUAAAAUCAUCAAGCCGAUAAAGUUCGUUUGUCCCUUUCUCACACACCAAUAAGUCGGAAAGGGACACACGAUCUUUAUCGGCUUGAUAAUUUUAGUAAAUGUUUGUGAAUAUGGGUAUAUCUUUAGGUAUUUAAAUAAUAGUAAACAAAAUCUACCCUCAGGCUCCUUACGCCAGUUGAAGGUAAAUGAAAAAUAUUACACGACCAUAAGAAGGUUAAAGGACUUCCGGUUCGAGCGCUCUAUAAUAAUUUAUUUUUCUUUUACUCAAUAAUAUUUCUUAAAGUGUAAUAUCGAUAGCUUAUUAUGCAGUAAACUAAUGUUGUAGUGAGAAGCUGAUGAAGA